AUGAACUCGAAUAAUAAUUUGGAUUUAUCAUCGAAAGAUGGAAAAACAUACCAUCCUACAAUCAAGCAACAUCAUAUAGAAGAGUUUGUUCCAACAAGUAAUGAUGAUUCAUUAUUGAUUGAAUUACGACGUGUGUUUAUUUCGGCAUUCUAUGAAUAUUAUAAAACUAUAGAACCACAAUUAAAUUUACCAACAGGUGAAACACUAUUAAAUUGGUUGGAAACAGCAUUUAAUGAAGAAGUUAAUGAAUUACUUUCUCAUCAAUGUCGUUGUUUUGUGAUAUACACACCUCCACCUUCAUCCGUUGUCGCUGGUUUUUUGACAAUAAAAGAAAGUAAAAUUGAUUCAAAUGGUAUAUACAUUUCUCAAUAUGCUGUGGAUCCAGUAUUCAAGCGACAAGGCUAUGGAUUGUGUCUUUUAAAAUAUCUUAGUACAGUUUUUCCUUCAGCAACAUCUUACACAUGUCUUUGUCGACGACUAAAUAAACCAGCAUUGAAAUUUUACGAACGAUGUGGAGCUACAUUCAUUGAUGAAGACCAACUUGUCACAAUGUAUGGAUACAGUCCUACCGAUUACAUUGGUUUACAAUUUAGUAGCAGUCAACUUAAAUCAUUAUGA